AGGUCGGCGGCCACCGUGGUGCCGAGCAGCGGCGCAGGGCACCGGGCGUGUGGGCCUGGCCGGGGGCUGGGGAGCGGGGCAUCGGCCUGGGGGCUGCCUGAGCCCCCACGGGCAGCGUGUACGGCAGGGUGCAGGCGGGGUGCGGGCAGGGCAGCCCCCGUGCCCCCCGGCAGGAAGCCCAGCGAGGCCAGCGCAGCGUCACGGCUCUGCUCCCGCCUGGCUGCGCCCGAGGGAGCCGCAGGAGCCCCGCGCCGUGGCUGCCAGGGACGGCUGGAGCCCCCUGUGAUGAGGAGCGUCUGGACACCCACCUGCCUCCAGCUGCCCCCCUGGUCCCGCUCCUGCCGCGCUGCCUGGCCACGGGGCACCUCAGCCCCAUGAGCAUCCCCUCGGUGGCUGCCCACCCCCAGCUGCGACCUCCAGGCGCUGGUCGCCCCUCGCUACCCCCUUCCCCAGCCUCCCCCGUGGCCAGGCUGACGGCCAGCGGCUGCUGCUGAGCCCGGAUGCGGGGCUGGGACGGGGCCGCCCCACAGCCCCUGUGCCGCGCUGUCGGAGGAUGGCGGCAGCCAGCUGGUACCACCGGGACAUCAGCCGGGUGGUGGCCGAGGAGCUGCUGGCCAAGGCCGGGCGGGACGGAUGCUUCCUGGUGCGGGACAGCGAGUCGGUCGCGGGGGCUUAUGCCCUCUGCCUGCUGUUCCAACGGCACGUCCACACCUACCGCAUCCUCCCCGAUGACGAGGGGCUGCUCUCUGUCCAGACCAUCCAGGGCAUCCAGGCCAAGUGUUUCCGCACCCUUCCCGACCUGAUCGGUGCCUACCAGCAGCCCAACAACGGGCUGGUGACCCCCCUGCUCUACCCUGUGCUCCGGGCCAGGCAGGCGGCCAACGAGGACUCAGAGGGUGAGGAUGGCCAAGGUGCUGGGCACGUGGCAAGCGCGGGCCCGGCCGGGACAGCCAGCGUGGGCACGUGGCUCAGCGCUCCCGUCACCGGCCGCACACACAUCUCACAGCAGCUGCACCAGAGGCUGCAGGAGCAGGUCCACAGCAGCCCAGACAGCGACUUCACGGGCUUCAUGGCCGAGUACCUGAACCACCACCUGCAGCUGGACCUGGAGGCCCUGCGCCACGGGCACCCGCAGCUGCGGCACCUCAGCACCGCGCUGGUCACCGCCUGCCGCGCGCUGCACAGUGAGAUCGACUCCACACUGGCGGGUCUGGAGACGCUGGCCAGAGUGUUUGACCCCCCCAUGUCCCCUCGCAGCACAGCCAGAGAGCAGGGCCUCCUGACCAGCGAUCCAGAUCUUGAGCUGCUCCUCAACAAGAUAUCUACUGUCAACCAUCUCCUCUCUUCUUUGGAGAAGAAGGUGCUAAAGUCACUGCAAGAGACAGUGUUGAGGCACAACCUGGCAAUGCCUAGCGUGGCAGCGGCCCCCUCACCCACCGCCAAGCCCCUGGCUGUGCAGAGCUUUGAGGUGAAGGUGGGGAAGUCGCAGCGGACAACCACCCUGACGGUGGACGUAGAGUCGGGCACGGUGGCCAUCACCAAGAGGGGCAGUGGGUCCCCGGAGGAGACCAUCCCUCAGGACAAGAUCCUGCAGCUGAUCAAGUACCAGAGCGUGCAGAGCAAGGUGAGGCUGGUGUACGACCGCGAGCCGCAGAGGAGCCUGAGCAGAGACUUCAUCUUCCCCAGUGCUCGGAAGCGGGAGGCCUUUUGCCAGCUGCUGCAGCUGGUGAAGAUCCAGCACUCCAAUCUGGACGAGCCCGACCUCAUCUCGGUGUACAUCGGGACAUGGAACAUGGGCAGCACACCGCCACCCCGCUCCCUCGCCUCCUGGCUGAUGUCCCGGGGCCUGGGCCGCACGCAGGAUGAGACCACUGCCUGCAUCCCCCACGACAUCUACGUCAUCGGCACCCAGGAGAACUCCCUGGGCGACCGCGAGUGGGUCGAGUUCCUCCGCGCGUCUCUCAAGACCCUGAUGGCCAUCGACUACCGAGUGGUCGCCCUGCAGUGCCUCUGGAGCAUCAAGAUGGUGGUGCUGGUGAAGCCCGAGCACGAGCGGCGCAUCAGCCACGUCCACACCUCCAGCGUGAAAACCGGCAUCGCCAACACGCUGGGGAACAAGGGAGCUGUGGGUGUUUCCUUCCUCUUUAAUGGGACCUCCUUCGGCUUCGUCAACUGCCACCUGGCCUCAGGCAGCGAGAAAACCCACAGACGGAACCAGAACUACAGUGACAUCCUGCGCUCCCUGGUCCUGGGCGACAAGCGGCUCGGGGCCUUCGACCUCACCCUGCGCUUCACUCACCUCUUCUGGUUCGGGGACCUCAACUACCGCCUGGACAUGGACGUGCAGGACAUCCUCGCCCACCUAACCAAGAAGGAGUUUGAAGCCCUCCUGGCUGUCGACCAGCUCAACCUGGAGCGGGAGAAGAACAAGGUGUUCCUGCGCUUCAGUGAGGGUGACAUCUGCUUCCCACCCACGUACCGGUACGAGCGGGGCUCCCGGGACACCUACAGCUGGCAGAAGUUCAAGCCCACGGGGGUGCGGAUCAAUGUCCCCUCGUGGUGCGACCGCAUCCUGUGGAAGUCACACCCAGAGACCCACGUGGUCUGCAACUCCUAUGGCUGCACCGAUGACAUCGUGACCAGCGACCACUCGCCCGUCUUUGCCACCUUUGAGGUGGGAGUGACGUCGCAGUUUGUACCCAAGAAGGCUCCCAGCUCCGGCACUGAGCCCCAGGCCUGCAUCGAGUGGGAGAGCAUCGAGGCCAUCGUGAGGACCUCCAGCCGCAGCAAGUGCUACAUCGAGUUCCACUCCUACUGCCUGGAGGAGGCUCAGAGGAGCAGGGACAACACCUCCCAGAGCUGUGACAUCCCCGGCUUCCUCAGGCUGGGCUGGUCUGCAAAGCAUCUGCCCGUGCUGAACCCCAUCCUGCCAGACCUGGAGUACCUGAGGGACCAGCACCUGCUCCUCAGCAUCAAGGGAGUGGAGAGCUGCGAGUCCUACGGCGAGUGCUGCAUCGCCAUGAGGUCGAUGCUGGGCAGCAUGGCCCAGCAGUUCGAGACCUUCCUCUUCCACCGUGGCGAGGAGACGGGCUCCAUCCGCGGCUGGAUGAGGGUGCGGGUGCCCAAGGGCAGGCGCAGCACCCGCGAGAGGCUCUACGAGUGGAUCAGCUUUGAGGAAGAGGAUGGCGAGCCGGUGCCAGACACCCCGCCGUGCCCCAGGCCACCGCUGCAGCGCCGCAGGAGCCGGCCCCGCAGCCUCCCGGAGCCCACCGCCGGCUUCACCAACCCGGCCUACUUCAUCUUCGAGGGGGUGCCGCAGCUGCCGGCCCCCAGCCAAGCACCGGCCGAGCGGCCCCAGAGCCCACGGCCCCAGAGCCCGCGGCCCCACAGCCCCCGCAUGGCGCGGGUCCCGUCGCCCUCCCAGGAGGAGCGGUGUGGCGGCUGGUCCCACUGUGUGCCGGCCCCUGGGCAGCUCCUCAGCCCCCCCGGCCUGGGCCGGCAGCAGAGGCCCAAAUCGGCCGUGCUGGAGAGAGCCGCGGCGGGGCCGGGCGACUGCUCGCUGACGGCCCUGCACAUGGCGGCCUGCCUGAGCCAGCUGGAGCGGGCGGCCGCGGGGCACGGCGGGGACGGAGCAAGGCCCCUCCUGUGCCACAGCCACGGAGCCCUGGAGCCGCCCCGGCCGAUGGGCACGCGGGGUGCUCGCCAGCAUGGCCACCCCACAGAGUGGCCCUGUGACAAGGACGAGUGGUCUCGCAGCGCCGGUGAGUGCCUGAGCCAGCUUGGCUUGCAGCAGGGUGAGGAAGGGCUGCAGAAGCAUGGCUGGGACAGCAUGGAGAUCUUCAGGUACCCUCAGGCCAGCUCCUGUGGCCUCAGAGUCCCUGGCAGAGCCCUGCACCUUGCAGGAGAGGAGAGAGACAUCACAGAGCGGGACCUGGAGGCCACAGUGCUCAGCCUGAGCCAUCCCCAGCUCACUCAUGGCACAUUCGGUGAGGCCACGGCUGUGAGCCUGCCGUGGAGACCUGACCUCAGACCCAACACCUAGAGCACCAGCCCUCCCAGCUCACACCUCUCCUCCCUGGAGCUCCUGGGGCAGGCAGAGAGCUGGCGAGGAGGAGCGGGCAGGUGACCUGUCAGCCAUGCUCCCAACUCCUCUGGAGAAAGCAACUCAGCUGCACAGUCUCAAGAAGCUCCCUAGGCCAUCAGGUCUGCUUCCUGGAUCUCGCCUCCUGUCUCAGUCCCCUCUCCCCAAAGUGACAGAAGGACCACGCUGAACCCCACCAGCAAAGAUGGAGGGGAGACAUGAGAGAUGUUGGGGCCACCUGAGAUGUGCUUGUUGGACCUCAAGGCUCAGGCUCUUCAGGCAGUCGACUUGCAGGCUGCAAGAGCACAGCAGCAUUCAUGCCCAGCCUGGCCCCUCGUGCCUUCAGCCUCAGCAGCUGCUGCCUGUGCCCUGGGCAGACAGCGUUCCCAGGGCACUCUCCUACAGGCUGUGAGGCCGUGUCCUUUCGAGCCGCCCUUUGCUCUUCCUACCCAGAAUA